AUGACGGCUGUUGUCCCAGAGGAGAACCCGGAAAUAGAUUGGGGAAAUGAAAGAUUAACACGAGCCCAAAAAGCUGUCGAAGCCAACAUCUACGAUGUAGAUUCUUGGUCAUUACUUAUUAGAGAAGCCCAGACUAGAUCUAUUAACGAUGUAAGGACUAUGUACGAGAAACUUAUAACUGCAUUUCCAACGACUGGUCGGUAUUGGAAAAUAUAUAUCGAACAAGAGAUGAAGGCGAGAAAUUUUGAAAAAGUUGAAAAGCUGUUUCAGCGCUGUCUAAUGAAGAUCCUGAACAUAGAGCUGUGGCGACUUUACCUCAACUACGUCAAGGAAACUAAAUGCAUGCUGCCCACAUACAAGGAGAAAAUGGCGCAGGCGUAUGACUUCGCGCUGGACAAAAUAGGUUUGGACAUCCACGCUUAUCCGAUAUGGAAUGACUAUGUAACGUUCUUGAAGGCUGUCGACGCUGUAGGCUCUUAUGCCGAGAACCAGAAAAUAUCUGCAGUCAGAAAGGUAUACCAGAGAGCAGUUAUCACCCCAAUAAUAGGCAUAGAAACACUAUGGAAGGACUACAUUGCUUUCGAACAAGGAAUCAAUACAAUUAUUGCCGAGCGAAUGGCGAUGGAGAGAUCCCGGGAAUACAUGAACGCGCGGAGGGUCGCCAAGGAAUUGGAAACGGUCACCCGUGGCCUCAACAGGAACAUGCCAGCCACACCGCCCACCGUCGACCGGGAAGAGAUGAAACAGGUGGAGCUGUGGAAGAAGUACAUAUCGUGGGAGCGGAGCAACCCGCUGCGCUCCGAGGACACGGCGCUGGUGGCGAGGCGGGUGAUGUUCGCCAUCGAGCAGUGCCUGCUCUGCCUCGCCCACCACCCGGACGUGUGGCACCAGGCGGCCCAGUUCCUCGACCACUCCUCGAAGCUGCUGCAGGAGAAGGGGGAUUCGAACGCGGCGCGCCUUUUCUCCGACGAGGCGGCGGCGGUGUACGAGAGGGCCACCAGCGGCCCCCUCAAGCAGUCUACACUUCUGCACUUCGCGCAUGCAGAUUACGAGGAGAGCAGACUGCACUAUAACAAGGUUCACCAGGUGUACACGCGCUACCUGGACGUGGAGGACAUUGACCCCACACUGGCCUACGUCCAGUAUAUGAAGUUCGCUCGACGCGCCGAGGGCAUCAAAACCGCCAGAACUGUGUUCAAACGCGCUAGGGAGGAUCCCAGGUCUCGUUACCACGUGUUCGUUGCCGCGGCUCUGAUGGAGUAUUACUGUUCAAAGGACAAGAAUAUUGCGUUCCGCAUUUUCGAGCUCGGCCUAAAGAAGUUCUCGCACAUACCUGAAUAUGUGCUCUGCUACAUUGACUACUUAUCUCAUCUGAAUGAGGACAACAACACUCGUGUGUUGUUCGAGCGAGUACUCUCUUCAGGGAGUCUCAAGCCGGAGAGCUCUGUGGAUAUAUGGAAUCGGUUCCUCGAGUUUGAAUCCAACAUUGGGGACUUGGUCAGUAUAGUGAAGGUGGAGAAGCGUCGCCAGGCGGUGCUUGAGAAGAUCAAAGAGUUUGAAGGCAAGGAGACCGCACAGUUAGUCGACAGAUAUAAAUUUCUCGACUUGUAUCCUUGUAGUAUAGCCGAAUUAAAGUCCAUUGGUUACACCGAGGUUGCGUCCAUGUCUAACAAGUCGUGGGCUUUAGGCGGACCACUGGCUGGCAUAUCGCCAGAGUUAGCUGCUGUCAUUUUAGGACAAAAAGACAAUGAUCCAAACAAAGAUAUCGCUCGUCCAGACACAAGUCAAAUGAUUCCGUACAAGCCUAAAGUGAAUCCAUUACCAGGGGAACAUCCUAUACCAGGUGGAACAUUCCCUAUGCCGCCGGCUUGCGCGCAUCUGUGCACGCUGAUGCCGCCGCCGUCUUCUUACCGAGGGCCGUUCGUCGCCGUCGAUCGUCUGAUGCAGCUGUUCAAUCGCAUCGCUUUGCCAGAUAAACCUCCAGCGCCAACGCAAGAAAACGGUUGUGACACAAAACUGUUUGAUCUUGCGCGAUCCGUGCACUGGAUCGUCGAUGACGAAGGAAUUACAACAGUAUCCAACAAGGCGAGGCGAAGAAAAAUCGGUGAAGACUCGGAUGAUGAUGAACUGGGCGUUGCACCGCCUGUCAAUGAUAUCUACCGACAGAGGCAGCAGAAACGGGUGAAA